AUGGAUCUCGUACAGACAGUGCGCAAAGAAGGCAGCCGCGGCGGUCGCGCCGACUUCAAAUGGGAAGACGUCAAGAACGAUGCGCAACGCGAAAACUACCUGGGCCACUCGCUCAUGGCCCCCGUCGGCCGCUGGCAACAAGGACGCGACCUGAACUGGUACGCAAAGGGCGACGAGGAAUCCAAAGAAGCCGAAGCUGCGCGCAUCAAGGAAGAGAAGCGUAAACUGAAGGAGGCUGAGGAAGACGCCAUGCUAGCUGCCAUGGGUCUGCCCGUGCCAGUGCGCAAUAACGCGAACCUGACGCCACUCGGCCAGAAAGCACAUGAGGCAGAUGUCAAGGACACGCUAGACGAGAAGGCCAAAGUGGAGGAUGAUGACGACAAGGCGAAGAGGAGGGAGAAGAAGGAGCGUUCACGGAGACAAAGAGAUGACGACGGAGAGCGAAGGAGACGUCAUCGAUCGCGGAGUCGGAGCGACGCUACAGACAUCGAGAACGUUCACGGUCGCGUGAAAGGCGAAGGGAUGAUGGGCGCGAUGACAGGCGCAGACACCGAUCACGAAGUCGCGACCAUAAGCGACGAGACGAUCAUACAGAACGCAGGCGAGACCGCGAUGUCGAUGCGAAGCGGUCGAGGUCACUAUCGAGAGACCGGAGACGGCGAAAGGACACGAGAAGCAGUCAUCCCAUCACCAACCACCAUGACCGCAGCACCACCAUCCAUACCCGACUGGCGCACCCUCGCCGCUUCGAAACGCGAAUCCGUGUACGCCAAGAUACCGAAAGAUUGGCGGCUGCCUUCUUCGCAAACGUCUCAGUACACAGAAGACUCCAGUAUAUCUGUGCUGGAUGUUCCGCGAACAUGCGGCAUCUUGACCGAGAAAGAGUUGGACAUUACUGAAAACUACGAUGCCACUGAUCUGGUCAAGAUGAUGGCAGAGGGCCAGUUGACAAGUACAGAAGUGGUCACGGCAUUUUGCAAAAGAGCAGCUGUGGCGCAGCAGUGCGUGAGUUGCCUAACAGAGAUUAUGUUCUCGGAAGCACUCGCCCGAGCUCGAGAAUGUGACGCAUUCCUCAAAAAAGAAGGAAAAGUCAUAGGACCCCUCCACGGCCUCCCAAUAAGUCUAAAAGACUCCUUCAACAUCCGCGGCGUCCAAGCAACCCUCGGCUACAUAUCCUUCCUCGCGCACCCCCCCUCCGCCUCAAACUCCUCUUUGGUAACCCUCCUACACACCCUCGGCGCAGUCUUCUACGUGAAAACCAACCUCCCUCAAACCAUGAUGACAGCAGAUUCCCACAACAACAUCUUCGGCCGCACACUAAACCCGCUCAAACUCAGCCACACAGCCGGCGGUUCCACAGGCGGCGAGGGCGCCCUCCUCGCUAUGAAAGGCAGCGUCCUAGGCGUAGCAACCGAUGUCGCAGGCUCAAACCGCAUCCCCGCGAUAUGCUGCGGCGGCUCGUCUUUGAAGCCAACAGCAGGGAGGGUGCCGUUUGCAGGUGGUGUCGCAGUCGGUCGGCUGGGUAGUCCAGGGUCUGUUCCCGUGGUUAUAGGACCGUGUGGCCGUUCUGUCCGCGACUACGCACUUUUUUUACGGGUUGUGGGAGACGCGAAACCGUAUCUGUACGAUGAAAACUGCCUCAAUGUCCCGUGGCGCCGUGUCCAGCCUUCCAGCAAACCACUGAGGUUCGGGCUGGUGAGGGGGUGUAAAGAACGACCGCUCCACCCACCCAUCGCUCGCGCACUGCAUACCACGGCGAUGAAACUCAAAGCGCAAGGCCACGAGAUCGUCCUCCUCGAUGACAAGAUACCAGAUCUCUACCAAACCGCCCUGCUAGCAUGGAAAUUCUUCAUGCUGGAUCCGAAGAAAACGCCACUGCAGUAUAUCAAAGAUGGCGGGGAGCCACCCGUCCCCUCGCUAUCAACAUGCUCGUUCCCCGAGUUGAGAGACUGGGUGCCUAGUCUGGAUGAGCUGUGGGAUUUGAAUGUGCAGAAGGCGGGGGUUGUCAAGAAGUGGCAUGCGCUGAUGGUUGGUGAUAUUGGCGGUGAGGGCGAGAAAGCACUAGACGCCAUCCUCAUGCCGGGGUACCAGGGUGUCGCGCCAAAACAUGACACCUAUGGCUUGCCGAUCUACACGGUCGUAGUCAAUUUGUUGAAUUGGCCGAGUGGGGUGCUGGCGGCUGGGAAAGCGGAGAAGGGGGCUGAUAAGGAGUUUUUGAAGGAGGGCGUGGCGUUUGAACCGCCUUAUGAUGCGGAUGAAUGCGAGGGUUUACCGACGCAUGUCCAGGUUGUGGGGAAGAGUAUGAUGGAUGAGGAGUUGGUGGAGGUUCUGAAGGUUGUGGAAGGUGUGCUGAAGGCGUAG